GCACUUUUGUUUGCACCUCCAAUUGCAUUUCCAUUUAGGUAUACAUCCAAAAACAUCCGAUCCCUUGAAAUUCUUAUUCCCAAAUUGAACUUUUAUUACUACUACAAUAUCUACAUCGAUUCCAAGGCAAAGGUUUCUCCCUACAGUCAAGCUACCGUGCAACCCAGCAGAGGUAUCCAGCAUUCCCCCAGGACCUAGCUUUCCAUCGCCCUGAGAAGCGAAGGCUUCUUGCUGCCUCCCCGUGUACGAGUCCUUUGUUUGGGAGCUCUUGCACAACGUCGCCAACAAUGUCGGCCUUGCUGCUAUCCGGGAAUUGGAAUAAGUUUGCGAUGACUUCCACCAUACCGGCUGCUUCUUCUCGCCCUGAUUCCCCGUCCGGAAAUGAGGACAAGAACGGCGAGGGAAGAGGAAAGGAUGAAUGGAAGGGGCAUUCGAAGCGCCUGUGCUCAGAUUGGCUGGUGUCUUACGAGUCAAACUUCUCUGUCGCGAUAGACCGCGAAUGGUUCACAACCUACACCCCCUUUGACUCCUACGUGCUAGACCACAGGGGUGUACUCAUGGAAGUGUUUGGCAUCGGCAGCGUCACCCUUCCCGUCAAGUGUAACGACCAAUUCGAUGACAAUCCGACGCAAGGAGCAGAAGUCACCCUUCAUGACGUUCUCCAUGUUCCCAAAGCGGCUUGCAACGUGGUCUCCAGGCAUGACAGUGCUCUAGGGCGCCAGGACCUAUGGACGAUGCCGAGCGAGGGGGACUCUUACCAGCGGGGCGUUUUCCAACACCAACAAAGACACAGGUCAAAAUCGAAUGAGCCAGGACCAGGUCUUGGCGGCGGCGUGGAUGUCUGCGUGUACAUGCUUACGAACAGCGACUCACCCUGCCUACUCGAUUUGGAUAUGGAUAGACCACCGACGGGCUAUGCACUGGCGCAUACAUCUUUCCCCGUAUACACCGAUAGGAAUGGCAAUGGAUCGCCAAAGAUGCUGAUGGACACGUACAGCGGCGACCUGAUCCCGCUCGCUUGGCCUGACAACCAGAGAGAGAGAUGGAUACGGAAGAAGGAAACUGGCGACGAUGACUGCUCGCGUACUAUAGCCACCAAUACUGGACCAAGAAUCCAAAACUCGGAGCUGGUGAAAAGGCUCAUAAAUCAGAGAGCUGGACUCAUCAGUCAGCUGAGAUCGCUGGAUAUGCUCAUUGAUGAAGUACAAGGUGUGACGUCAGCGACAACGGCGACGGCGAGUGUCAAUGACGCGGACACAAGACCCAUGACAACGGUCUCCACGAGUAUGGCUUCUCUUUCGAUUGUGACGCCACCAACGGCGAGUGUUGACAACUCCGCCACGACACCGGUUGACACAAGCACUCCUUCGAUGCCAGGGGCGGUGAAUCACUCGGGGGUCUGCCAUGGAGGGGGAGACAACACCCAAGCACCCGAGUUCAUUCGCACGACGGUGGAAGAAGAGGCCGAGACAGAGGAAGGGGCUCAGUGGGAGACCGAGUCAGAGGAAGAAGGAGAGGAAGACGAUGAGACCAUGGCGAACGAUAAGGUCAUAAUAGAGUAUGACAUGGAGGAUGAGAUCAUGGCAGAGUAUGAGGCAGAGGAUAACGAGGAUGGAGUAAUAGGGCAGGAGGAAAUUGCGGCCAGUUCAGAUUCGGCAGCAGGGAAAACAGAGUCUCCGGAUUGUGUUCCACCUUCGAGCAAUGGCUUAAAAGUUGCGGCCAGUUCAGAUUCGGCAGCAGAGAAAGCAGUUUCUCUGAAUUGGGUUCCACUUUCAAGCAUUCUCUUUAGGGUUGAAUGCGACCCGGAUAGGGGUAGCUACACUGGUCUCUUCACCGUCACUUUGCCGGGAGGUCCAGGAGGUUAUCACACCAAGACGUGGUCAUACGACGAAGUAAACAAAAACCACCUGACAGAGAACGAAAAAGCAUGGCUCAAGGCUGUGUCAAAGUACACGCCACGCUUCUUCAGAUGGAUUGGGUACAGCGCCCAAACAGAUACAUGGGAGCCGAAGAGGGGAGGGGGCAAGGACAGAGCACAUGCACGUACGCUGGUGAAAUGGCUCAGAGGUCACGCUCGUCCUCCGUGUUCUUACGGCGGAGAGCCCAGGAUUGAUCUCGAUACAGGCGUCCUAAAAGACCACGGCUUGGGAGCGGCAAAGGAGAGACUCAGGGUGCUGAGGGCAGCAGGCCGAGAGCGAAGUCCUAAAGCAAGACAAGAGCAAAUUUUCAUUCAACAAACGACACUGCGGCUAAGAUCGGAGGGGGUCAUCAUGACCUACAAAGAUGACCCUGACGACCCGUGUAUUGGGAGCUACGAAGAGAUCUUCUGCGGCUUGUGAUGUUGUUCACAGCGAAAAUGAAUGUCAGCUUGGGCGCCGAGGACUGGCUAUACCAGAGGGAAGGUCAAUCAUUGAGGAAAAUCAAGCAAGAUUGGAUAGAGUUAACAUUGUUGAGAAAGACUUGAGUAUUAUGCAAUCUAGGAUAACCAGCUUUUACACUUGGAUCAGGCGAAGACGC